AUGGCAGCAAUUGCUAAUUCUGGUGUUAAAGUGCUGACUGAAUCUACCGAUCUUAAGUCCAUCCCUUCUGAAUUUUCAUUUGUGAAUGAACCCACAGGUUCAUAUUCUGAUUCAAUCCCAAUCAUCGAUUUCUCCUUACUCACCUCUGGAAAUCCUGAUGAAAGGUCCAAAAUCAUUCAAGAACUUGGCAAAGCUUGUGAAGAAUGGGGCUUUUUUGUGCUGGUCAAUCACGGGAUACAAGAAACCUUGAUGAAGGCAGCAAUAGAAGGGGCUUCGGAGUUCUUCGAUUUGCCAGAGGAUGAGAAGCGCAAAUAUGAAGCGAAGCAUGUUUCGGAUCCCAUCAAGUAUGGCAAAGGCAGUGUCAUAACUACUUCAGACAAGAAGAUUUUCCUCUGGAGGGAUUUUAUGAAGUCCUAUGUCCAUCCUGAAUUUCAUUAUCCUGAUAAACCUCAAAAUCUUAGGGAGAUUAUAUUUGAGUACGCUGAAAGAAGCCGAUUUGUGGCAAGAACAUUACUCCAAGGGAUUUCUGAAAACCUGGGAUUGGAAGAAGGAUAUGUGCAAGAAAUCCUAAAGUUGGACUCUAUGUUCCAACUAUUUGCUGUAAAUUAUUAUCCACCUUGUCCACAGCCAGAUCAAGCAAUUGGGCUCCCACCACAUACAGAUCAUGGUCUUUUGACCUUUUUGAUACACAAUGGAGUGGCUGGACUACAAAUUCAACAUAAUGGAAAGUGGUUUAAUACAAAUUCACCUCAGAAUUCCAUUCUAGUUAACACUGCCGAUCAGCUUGAGAUAUUCAGCAAUGGGAAAUACAAGAGUGUGAAGCAUAGAGCUGUUGUGAAUAACCAAUCAACAAGAAUUUCAGUUGUUAUAGCCAAUGGUCCAGCACCAGAUGCCAUUGUUGGCCCAGCUUCACCAUUAGUACAAAGAGAUGGGCGUCCACUGUAUCGGCCAUUGAAAUACAUAGAAUAUGUAGAAACACAGCUCAGUAAUACAGUAGAUGGCAAAGUGAACUUGGAUUAUGCGAAGAUCCAAGACAACUAG